AUGAUGGCGCUGGAACGCGGCGCCCGGCCGCUGGCACAAGGCCUGAGAUGUAAGCGACAUGAGCGGAUAAUCCUCCCCUUCCGCUCCUUCUCCGCCACCGCCACUACCCGCGCCGAAGUCGAGCAGACGGAAAGCACGACCAAUGCCACUGCACCUCCUCCCAAAGCAAAGAGAACGCUGGAUCCCCUCAAGGUCUCCACCCCGCGCACCGAACGCCGUCUCCUCCGUCAGCAGAAGCAACUCCCCAUUGGAUCCCGUCGACGCCGCGCCGCCCUGUCCAGCACCUCCUCCAUCCCCUUCACCCAACUCCCCUACCAAUGUUUCCAAGAAGCUCGUCAAUUUCUCGCCGCCGACCGCGAAGUCAAACUGGCCGAGAUCCGCACUCAACAGCAACGGAUGGAAGUUCUCAGAAAUAAAGUCAUUGUCGAUGAAGUCCAGGCCGCGAAGCGGGACAAGACACUACGGGAUAUGCGACAGCGAUUGGAAAGAGUAAAGAUUGCGGCCGACAUCAAUGAUCCGCUCGUGAAGAAGAGAUUUGAAGACGGACUGGGCGAUAUGAACAAGCCGAUUUAUCGUCAUCUGGCGGAUAAGAAGUGGAGGAGCUAUGCGAGGGAGAUUUUGCUGCAGAGAAUCCAUCAGAUGAAUGUCGUUCCAGACCUCCUCCCCGCCAUCGACCCGGUGGUAUCCACGGCAUUGUCCUUCCCGAUCAAGGCAACGCCCCACAAGCGGAGGAACAUCCCUCACGGCGAGAUUGUCGAGUCCAAAAUUUCGGAAAUGCCGCCGGUUUUGAAGAUCCAGCCGUACCAAAAGGGAGAGAAACUGGUCACCAUUGCGGUCAUGAACCCCGAUGUUCCAGACGUGCAGAAUGAUGACUUCUCCUACAGAUGUCAUUUCUUGGCUGUCAAUAUCCCAAUCUCUCCCGAUGGAGCGCUUGUCAAAUUUGACAAGUUGAGCACGGAAAGCCAGGUCAUUCAUCCUUGGCUCCCAGCGUUCUCUCAAAAGGGUGCACCAUAUCAGAGAAUGAGCAUCUUUGUCUUGGAGCAGCCCGCUGCUGAGGAGGUUGCUGUGGGGAGUGGAGAUGUCGCACCGAGCGUGGAAUUGAAGGUGCAAGAUGUCAAGGAAGCGAGAGGUGGAAAGUAUGCUCAGAGAGAAGGAUUUACUCUGAGAAGUCUUGUGCUGGCCCUGAGAUUGAAGCCUGUGGGUGUAGACCUGUUCAGGACGGAGUGGGAUGAGGGUACGAGGGGUGUGAUGAAGAGAGCAGGAGUCCCUGGAUGGGAUGUCGAGUUCAAGAGGAAGAGAAUCGAGCCGCUACCUUAUCAAAGACUGAAAGAGGAGAGGUUCAGAUAG